AUGGACCCAAUUCGACCAGAAUUCGAACUUUUGGACUCAGCAGGACUUGAGUACCAUCGUUGGGUAUCUGAUGUGGAAACCACCUUCGUGGCAAAGGACUUCACCUCCACUAUCAAGCCAUCUGCCGACGCUGCUUCGGCAACUGAGAAAGACAAAGCUAAUGAUUUUAUGUUCCUCAAGAGGCAUAUCGAUCCUAACCUACGUUGGGGAAUGUCUCCGGGAGAAAUUGAAUAUUUAGUUGAUAGUGCAACCACCCACACUAUCCUAAGAAAUAGACAAUUAUUUUUCGAUCUUACUCCUUAUAAUACAUAUGUGAUUACGAUGAUUGGAUCAUCGCAAGUAAUAAGUGGGAGAGGUACUGCUCAAUUCUUGUUGCCAAACGGCACAAUGAUGAAAGACACAGAAGCUCUAUAUGCACCAAGAGCUCACCGCACUUUGUUAAGUUUCAAGGAUAUCCGUGCAAAUGGUUAUCACUUAGAAACUCACUGUGAAAAUGGAGUUGAGUACAUAUAUGUGACCUCUAGUGAAUGCGGAAGGAAGCGCAUCUUAAAGAAACUAAUGUGUCACUCCAGUGGAUUGUAUAUCACCAUUAUUAGGAUUAUCGAAUCCCAUGUGGUGGCCAACGAUGAACUGUUGUCCAGUGACUUAUACAAGCUUUGGCACGAUCGACUAGGGCACCCAGGUCGUGAUAUGAUGAUCCGUGUUUUGAAUAACUCACACGGACAUCCUUUCUUUCGAAUGAAAAAGAAAAUGAGACAAUAUAUUGUUACAAUGCAGAGUAACAAUGUGCAUUCUAAAGUAAAUGAUGCACAUUUUAUGCCUUCUAAAGUAAGAGAAGCGCAACCUUCGUCUUCAAAAGUAAUUGAAGCGCACCCACUGUCUCAUUCUUCUUCGUUGUCCUUGUCGAAGGCACAUCGCUCAUUCUGCAAAGCUUGUUCUUUGGCAAAGACAGUAUCGAGACCAUCCUAUGCUAAAGAUACAAUACAAAAUAUUCCAUUUUUACAAAGAAUACAAGGUGAUAUUGGUGGACCUAUACAUCCAGAAUGCAGACCAUUCAAGUAUUUUAUUGUUUUGGUGGAUGCUUCGACCCGUUGGUCACAUGUUGCAUUGUUGUCCACAAGAAAUGAUGCAUUUGCAAAGCUCCUAGCACAAAUUAUACGACUAAGGGCUCACCACCCUGAUCAUCCAAUCAAGUUUAUCAGACUUGAUAAUGCUGGAGAAUUUACAUCUAAAGGAUUUGACGAUUUUUGUAUGUCUAAGGGAAUUGACGUAGAGCAUCCCGUACCCCAUGUACACACUCAAAAUGGUCUAGUAGAAGCUACCAUCAAAAGGUUACAGAUUAUAUUUAGGGCAUUGGUUAUGCGUUUCAACCUGCCCAUUACUGCUUGGGGGUACGCCAUAUUGCAUGCAGCAUUACUUAUUCGCUUUAGACCCACUGUUAGCCAACCAUUUUCUGCGUACCAGUUGGUAACUGGAUAUGAGCCUGAUAUUUCACAUUUACGCAUAUUUGGUUGUGCCAUAUACGUGCCUAUUACGCCCCCACAGCGUACUAAUAUGGGUCCACAAAGAUGA